GAUUGUGUUAGACGAGAUACAUCUUUCAUUGCGGACGAGUCUUCGGGAUCAGACAAGAACACUGCGUGACCAAAGCUGAUCAAGAAUGCUAACGAGUGUGCCAAUCGUUUCAUUUUUAUUAUUAUUGGUAUUCGAGUCGAGCCUGUCGCCGACACACGGAAAGGACAUCGGACAGACAUGCGUAGUCGAUAAUUCCAAAGGUGUAUGCAAACUUUUACACGAGUGUCCGAAAGUAUAUCAGGAACUUUUGGCUGGUAAAACACCCAGUGAGACAUGUGGAUUUUUAAAUUUCGUUCCGAUAGUAUGUUGCUCAAUAACCAUUUCUGUGAUCACCAAUUCAACGCCGGCAUCGCAAUCCGAAACUACUACCCAAAUAAAUACCCCGCCACCUUUAAAAUUGGAUGAAUCAAGAGGAUCUUUAGCGCGAGCAAAAUGCGCGGAAAACGCGAAGGCGGUCUACGGUUUCACUCUAUCACCAACGCAGAUAUUAUACCCCGGAAUGAGCGACCAAAAGCCAGUUAACACAUCGCUAUGCGCCUUGACAACGCGCAAAUUAAAACUUGGUGGUGGAAAAGCUGAAGCGAAAGAAUUUCCGCACAUGGCAGCCCUCGGUUUCGAUGUCAACGAUACAAUCCAAUGGAUAUGCGGCGGUAGCCUAAUUUCCGCCAAAGUUGUCAUGACUGUAGCCCACUGCAUCGAGUCACCAUUUUAUGGAACUGUAAAUUGGGUACGACUAGGCGAUUUAAAUCUCGCGCAAACAAAUGACGACGCAAUGCCACAGACUAUUGCAAUUAAGGAAAGGAUAAAACAUCCCGAUUUCAAACGACCAUCCCAAUACCAUGAUAUAGCUAUACUGCGUUUGCAAGAGGAAGCCACGUAUAAUGCAUAUGUCAGACCGGCAUGUCUUCCGGUUGAUUGGCCUGACGUGGGUGGGAACAACAAGGCAGUUGCCACCAGAUGGGGUCUAGUCGACUGGCUUGAUGACAAAGGCUCAGACGAUUUAAUGCGAGUGACACUGAAUUUUGUCCCUCACGAUUAUUGCAACGAGACUUACGGCACUUCCAGGGGAUUCGCAUCAGGAAUCAUCGACGAAUGGCAAAUAUGUGCGGGGGGAGAAUCCGGGCUAGAUACCUGUCAGGGUGAUAGUGGAGGACCAUUCGCUGUCUUUAACACAGAUCACGAGUGCAUGUACAACGUGAUCGGAAUCAUCAGUUCCGGAAAGCUGUGCGGCGGUAAUGCACCUGGCAUCUACACUCGUGUCUACCAUUACAUUCCGUGGAUAGAGAGAACUGCAUGGCCGGAAUAUUUUCAAGAUAACGUUUCGAGGAUGUCAGUGAGCAUGCCGAUCGUUCCGUUGUUAUUACUGUUAGUGUUAGUGUCGAUCCUGUCGCCGAUACACGGAAAGCACGUCGGAGAGUCAUGUGUAAUCGACAAUAUCUCCGGUGUGUGCAGACUUUUAAACAACUGUCCAAAAGUUUAUGAAGAAUUGUUAGCGGGUAUAACGCCUAGUGAGACCUGUGGAUUUGCAGGCUUUGAUCCAAUCGUAUGUUGUCCAAUAACAAAUUCUGUAACACGCAAUUCGACGCCGAAGCUGCAAGUAGAAACUACUAAAAGAACGACUACUCCGAAAACUUGGACAGCCGAUAGAUCAAGAGGAUCUUUAGCACGAGAAAAAUGCGCAGAAAACGCGAAAGCGGUCUAUGGUUUCAAGCUACCACCUGUACUGACAUUAAAUCGGCAGCCUGUCAACACAUCGCUAUGCGCUUUAAAAACGCGCAAAUUGAUAGUCGGUGGCAAGAAAGCCGAAGCAAAAGAAUUUCCACACAUGGCGGCCGUCGGUUUCGACAGUUCCGAUACAAUUCUAUGGCUUUGCGGCGGUAGCUUAAUUUCCGCCAAGGUUGUCAUGACAGCAGCUCACUGCACUUGGACGACAGACUGGGGAAGUGCAAAAUGGGUACGGCUAGGCGAUCUAAAUCUCGUGCAAACGAAUGACAAUGCGAUGCCGCAAACUAUCGCAAUUACGGAAAGGAUAAGACAUCCCGAUUACAAACGCCCAUCCCAAUACCAUGACAUAGCUAUACUGCGUUUGGAGAAGGAAGCCACGUACAAUGAGUAUGUCAGACCAGCAUGUCUUCCGGUUGAUUGGCCUGACAUAGGUGACAAUGACAAGGCAGUCGCCACCGGGUGGGGUCUAGUCGACUGGUCCGAUGACAGAGGUUCGGACAAUCUAUUGAAAGUGACACUCAAUUUGGUCUCCCACCCAUCUUGCAACGAGAGCUUCUUUGACGGCGGCAGUUCCGUAGAGCUCAGAUUAGGGAUCGUUGACGAUUGGCAGAUAUGCGCGGGGCAAGUCGGAAAAGAUACUUGUCAGGGUGACAGCGGAGGACCACUCGCCGUCUUUAAUACGGACCACGAUUGCAUGUACACCGUGAUCGGAAUUACCAGUCUAGGACGACUCUGCGGCAGCAUCAUACCUGGCGUCUAUACACGAGUCUAUUAUUAUAUUCCAUGGAUAGAGAGAACCGCAUGGCCGAAAUAUUUUCAAGAUACCGACUAAUUUAAGUGUAUUUAUUUUACUCCUUUAACUUAUGUAUCCAUUUUCUUAAGUAUUACAUACAUUCCUUUUUUAUAUAACUUGAGUGCGGCCACCGCAGCCUUUUUUGUGCGACCGAUGUAUUUGAUUUGCAUCAGCGACAAACGUGAAUGUAAAACUGACCUCAUCUACUCAUCUACACUGUCAAUAAAAGAGAUUUUUUUGAUGUAUUAUGUCCGUGCUACAUAAACGCGAACAAGAUGAUAUAUUUAUCUUCUCGGUAGCACAUAUGAUAAAAAAUAAUAAUACUGUUACUAACAGUUCGUGUGCACAGAACACAACUAAAUUGUACACAUAUGCAUUUUUUUGGUCCGUCCAUUAUUAGAACAACAAAUCUAUGAAAAGUCGCAUUUAUCUGCAUUAUUUACAAUACAUAUAUAAUACAUGACAAACACAUUUAAGUUAACUUCAUAGAUUUGUUGUACCGCAAAAACAAGUCGUCACUCACCGAUCCGAUGAGCAAUGAAUGGAGUUGUUUAGCCACGAAGCUGCGAUCGAUAAUACUGUAACACACAAACGUAAGAUCCAAAUUAAAACAAUGCUCAAAAUAAUAAAUAUUUUAAGUGAGAAA